UUGCUGCCUGCUCGUCUUCUGAGCUCCAGUCUGCAGACUCUCAGACUCUACGCUGCCGCUGCCGCCGCUUUGUUGUCCCUGUCGAGCCGGAGGUCACUCAGUCCGAGCAGGAGUCCGCUCAGAGCGCGCACAGGACCCGCACAGCUACAGCCCGCGAUACCCGCAACACCUUCACCGCAGUUCUGAUCGAAAAAACACACAUAAGGCACCAUGGGGAAAGGCUGUGUGACAGCGACCAAGUACUUCCUGUUCCUCUUCAACCUCAUCUUCUUUCUGUUCGGGGCCGUCAUCAUGGGCUUCGGACUCUGGCUCCUCCUGGACAAUCAGAGCUUCAUCGUCGUCCUGAAUAACUCCACAGCUGUUAAGGUGGCUUGCUAUAUCCUGAUCGGAGUCGGAGCUUUCUCCAUGCUCAUGGGCUUCCUCGGCUGUUUGGGGGCCAUUUAUGAGAUCCGCUGUCUGCUUGGCCUGUACUUCACCUGUCUCCUGCUCAUUCUCAUCGCUCAGAUAGCAGCUGGUGCUCUGAUCUACUUCCAGAAGGAUGUGUUAAACAAGGAGAUGUCCAAGAUCGUCACUAAGGUGCUGGACAACUACCCCGGCAACAACUCCACCACAGAGCAGGCCUGGGACUUCAUCCAGAGGAAUAUGGGGUGCUGUGGCUGGAUUGGUCGUACAGACUGGAACGGUAACAUGGUCAUCGUCAACAGCUCCCAGCUGCUGUUUCCCUGCUCCUGCCAGAACAUCUCGCUGGCCACCGGAAACUUCUCUGAAAGCGGAUUCUGUGAGGCUCAGACGCCCGACUGGCCUGUAUACGAUGUGGGCUGUGCUGACAGCGUGGAGAGCUGGCUCCUCACCAACAUUGGGGUGGUGCUGGGUAUCUGCCUCGGAGUGGCUUUCGUUGAGCUGCUGGGGAUGAUCCUGUCCAUCUGCCUGUGCAGGAACAUUCACACAGAAGAUUACACCAAAGUGCCAAAGUACUAAAGCUCGAUGGAGGAAGUCACGUGAUCGAACUGCAGGUGCACAGAAAGAGGAAGCGGGAGUAAAAAUAAUGAAAUUUUCCAACCUACAUUUGGUGAAACAUUGUGUCUAAAUGUAAAAUGUGUGUUUGCUUUAUAUUUUGUUGGAUUUUUCUUCUUUUGAGGCACUUCCAUCUGUUUUUUUUGUCAGUCCAGUUUCUUUGGAGCACUUUAGAGACUUAGUUUUGAUCUUUGGGUCAGAGAACGAUGCUGAAAUGUUUGUGAAAUUUUCGAUCAGAGGAACUUCAAGGAAAUUGAGUUGUUGAAAUAAGAUGUGAUGGAUGAGGAGAAAGAAUGAAAUAUGAGGUACAUGUUCCCUCUCUCCUGCCUGUACAUGCUCUCAGGCUCAGAUUACAGUGUCGCUGGUUUCCAUAACAUCUGUUUAUCUGUAAAUUAUCGCUUUAUGGUUUUAGUUUCCCUAAAAAAUCUGAAGAUGAAUCAUGUUUUUGUCUUUAAAGACAGAAGCAAAGCUAAGUUGUUUUUUUUUUUUUUUGUUGUUUUUUUUGUGAGAGUCUGCAUGACAACUGAUUUGGACAACUGGAAAAUCCACCUAAGUGUUUUUUUUGUUUGUUUUCUUUUUUUCUUUUUACACACCAGCGUUUUUAGUUUUGGUGUUUUUAGUACUUUGUAUAUAAUUUUAGUCAUUAUUGUGUGACUUUGAAUCCAAAAAAUCCUGCCAGUUUUUUCUUUAGCAGCUGGUCUCCCCCUGAAUUUUUUAAAUGUUGUUUUUCUUAUAUUCAUUUUCUUAAUUUUGAAUUGUCAGGAUUUUAUUCUGGAAAUAAUAGAAAUAAUGAGAUACUAAAGAGGAACAUUUAUGAUACUUGUUUUCUAAAAGUAUCACUCUCAGUUCACAACUGUCUUUUGACAAGCAGAAAUAAGACUCUUUUUUUUAAAUAUAGCUUUAAGUUCAUGUACAAGCCCAUAUUCUGCCCACAUAACCUAAAGUGUUUGAGGAGUGAAAUGUUUCUUUUUAACCACUUUUGAAGUUUGUGAAAAGUUCAAAUUUAUACAACAGAUUAUUUUGGAGCAGAAGAAAUAUUUUUUCGAGGAGAUCCAUCUUGAAAAUGAAAUUUGUUUAUACAGAAAAAUAAUUAGAAAUGAAUUUAUGUACAAUUUUAACACUCAGCCAAGACAUUGUGUUGUUUUUAUAAUAUGUACAAAUCCACUUUCCUGUUUUCUUUCUAUGUACAGUCUAUGAAAAACAUUCCAUUAACCUUAUAAUGGUUUUUAAAACUAGAUGGACUUCUGGUACUGUAGCUAGCUGGAUUAGAAAGUGUGUACUCACAACAUUCAUUCUAUUUCAUUUUGCCAAUAAACUGAUUACAGAA